AUGGUCGCUACUUCAUUCAUCCCCCUCCUACUCGCGACAUGCGCGCAUGCCAAUGUUAUCCCCCGAACAAUUAGUUCAACGUACAAGAAUGCCACUCACUCGAGUGCUGCAUCAUCGCAGUCCUCUGAAGGUCUUUCUUUCGUUUUCGCUGGCGAGAAUCCCACUUCAAGCGCUGCAUCAUCGCAGUCCUCUGAAGGUCUUUCUUUCGUUUUCGCUGGCGAGGAUCCCACUUCAAGCGCUGCGCCGUCAAAGACGUCUGCAGCCCUCUCCUUCGCAUUCCCGAGUAAAGAUUCCGCUUCGUCCGGUGCUGCAUCACCCGAGACGUCUGUGGGAAUCUCUUUCGCAUUUCCCAGCAGCAGCAGCAGCAGCAGCAGUAGCAGCAGCAGCAAAGAUGUCUUGGUCGGAAUCGACAUGGGCUUCACCAGGUCCACGAGAUCUGCGCCUCUGACGAUCGGCAUCGACCUCGGCCCUCCAACAGCAACAAGCUCGAGGAUAGGGACGCCAGUCGGGACUCCGGUUGGGACCCCAGCCGCAGGCAAUGUGUCUGUAAGCGAGCAGGGUUUCGAUUUCGGCUUCGGGGGGCCGACAGGCGCCCCAAGUCUCGUCCUCACUAUGAUCGAUGGAUCGUUCGUGCUGGCGACUGUCGGAGCAAGCUCUACCAAACCCGCAACCACUGUCCCAGCAGGUGCGACGACGUCUUCGAAGAUCAGCCUACCCGUGGUGACGACAGCCGCGCCUCAGGAACCCACAUCACGAACACCGUUCGAGGUCGGCGGCAUCACCGUGUCCCAGAACUCGGACACGCAGCUCGUCGUCGGGAGCCAGACGCUGGCAGUCGGCUCGUCGGUCAUCGUCGGGUCCGGUUCCUCGACGACCGCCAUCGUCCUCCAGACGGAUGGCAGUUCGACGCGCAUCGUCGUCGGCACGGCCACCGCCGCCGUUCCAGCAGCCGAGCCUACGUCCGGGGGUUCAGGGGAGGCAGCAGCCCCCUUUGAAGUUGGUGGCAUCACCGUGUCUCGCAACUCCGCCUCCCAGAUCGUCAUUGGCACGCAAACGCUCGGUGGCGCCGCUGGCUCCUCCAUUGUCGUCGGCUCCGGCUCGUUCACGACCGCAGUCGUCCUGCAAACCGAUGCUAGUGGCGCGACGCAGGUGGUCGUCGGCGGCACCACAACGGCCGCUAUUCCCACGGCCGCACCCAUAUCCGGGGUUGAGGGCGACCCGGACGCCAUCGUCUUCGGCAGCCAAACACUGCACCCGGGCUCGACGCUAACGCUGGGCUCGGGCAGUUCGACGACCAAGCUCGUCCUGCAGACAUACUCGGCGGGGGGCAGCGCCAUCGUCGUCGCCGACGCCAGCACGACCUACACCGUCGCUGCGCCGACGAGGGCAUCUGCGUUGCCCACCCUCGCGGGAGGAGGCGUGCAGCUCAUCACUACCGGCCUGACGACGGAGCUCGUUGUUGGCGGAACGCAGACGUACACAUUCAAGACGGGCGGACCGAGUAUCGGGCUGGUGACUGAGGGCGGUACGACCAUCGUCGUUGCUGGCGGCACCGGGAGCGGUGGCACGCGGAUUCCAAUUCCGACCGGGCUGGGCAAGGAGACGAGUGGCGCCUCUGCCUCUGCUUCCGGUAGUUCCGGUCGUUCGAGCCGGUCGACUUUGGGCUCGGCGACGGGGAGUUCGAGGACCACGACGGCAGCGGCGGAAAGCAGUGCGGCGGCGUCAGGCCUAUCGAGUGGAUUGGGAGGAGACGUGGACUGGGCGACGGCGAGCGCCAGUGCCAGCGCGAGUGCAAGCGGUAGUGUGGGUGCGGCAGCGAGGAUGGUGGACGGGGCUGUGGUUGGGACGGGGCUCGUCAGUGCUGUGUGUGCUGUGUUGGCACUGAUUCUGUGA